ACUUCAACGGGUUUAAAGUGUGAGAAAGCGAGUGGACAAAGAGAGAGAGAGAGAGACUUACUUUUUCUCUCUCCCAUUUCGCUUCCGAAAUCAAUUUCAACGGCAAAGAAGAAGCAAUCAACUCCGUUAAUGGAGGAGGAGAAGACGGCCGCGACGACGCAAUGCUGCCGCCGUGCCGGACCUCCGAAACCUCAGAGAUAUUCUGGCAAACGCCGUCUCUUGAUCUUCCUCUCCUUCUCUGUUCUCUGGAACUUUGCAGCCGGAGCUUUUGAUUACGCUGAUGCUCUGUCCAAGAGCCUCCUCUACUUCGAGUCUCAGCGAUCGGGAAGGAUGCCGUACAACCAGCGCGUCAACUGGCGAGACCAUUCCGGCCUCACCGACGGGCUUGAACAAGGAGUGGAUUUAGUCGGAGGAUACUAUGACGCCGGUGAUCACGUCAAGUUCGGCCUCCCAAUGGCCUUCACUAUAACGAUGCUAUCCUGGAGCGUCAUCGAGUACCGACAAGAAAUUGAAGCCGCCGGUGAAUUAGGGCACGCUCUAGAGGCGAUCAAGUGGGGAACCGAUUACUUCAUCAAAGCGCACACUAGCCCCAAUGUGCUAUGGGCAGAGGUUGGCGAUGGAGAUACGGACCAUUACUGCUGGCAGAGGCCGGAGGACAUGACGACGUCACGACAAGCUUACAAAAUCGACGAGAGGAAGCCGGGGUCAGAUCUCGCCGGAGAAACGGCGGCGUCGAUGGCUGCAGCGUCGAUCGUGUUCAGAAAAACGAACUCACAUUACUCGCACCUGCUGCUCCAUCACGCGCAACAGUUGUUUGAGUUUGGGGAUAAAUUCAGAGGGAAAUAUGACUCAAGUGUGGGAAUAGUGAAGAGCUACUACGCGUCGGUGAGUGGGUAUAAAGAUGAACUUCUAUGGGCUGCGCUGUGGCUCUAUGAGGCCACCGACAAUCCACACUAUCUUGAGUACGUCCUUAACAACGCUCACAGCUUCGGUGGCAUUGGCUGGGCCAUCUCCGAGUUCAGCUGGGACGUCAAGUAUGCUGGCGUCCAACUCAUGGCCUCCAAGUUGCUAAUGCAGGGGAGGCAUAAUAAGAACAAUAAGCAAGCAAAAAUCCUGGAGCAGUACCGAUCAAAAGCAGAGUAUUACCUCUGCACGAUCCUCAACAAGAACAAUGUCAGCAACGUCGAGAGAACUCCGGCCGGCCUUUUAUUCAUCCGCCAGUGGAACAACAUGCAAUACGUCUCUACGGCGUCGUUUCUUCUCACUGUCUACUCCGACUACCUCCGCCGAUCCAACCACCGUCUCAACUGCCACACCGGACCCGUGGAUCACGAAGAGCUUUUUGCCUUUGCAAAACAACAAACGGAUUACAUACUCGGCUCCAACCCAAUGAACAUGAGCUAUUUGGUCGGAUUUGGCCCCAAUUUUCCUACUAGGGUUCACCACAGAGGAGCCUCCAUUAUGUCGCAUAGAGAAAACAAGGCGUUCAUCGGCUGCACACAGGGCUACGACAAUUGGUACGGCCGUGGAGAUCCGAACCCAAACGUCGUCGUCGGAGCGGUGGUUGGCGGCCCCGAUUGCGAAGACAAAUUUUCCGAUGAUAGAGGGAAUUACAUGCAGACCGAGGCCUGCACCUACAAUACAGCGCCGUUGGUCGGCGUUUUUGCUAAAUUAUCAAGUUUGAAGCACCGGAUCCAGGUCGAACCCGAGACGACCCGCUCCUAUAUGCUUCAUACAACAAACAAGUAAGAACAGAACCAAAAUAUUUAUAUAAAUUAUAAAAAUGUGUGGGAAAUGGGGAUUAAAUUUCUCUGAAAUUUAAAAAGAGAAAAAGAGGGUUUAGUUCUUUUGUGUAGCUUCCAUUUAAUUUUGUAUAAUUUAUAUUAUAUAUAGUGAAAGGUAAAGUUCCACAUCUCGUGGCUUUA